AUGUCCCUACCUUCAACUGGAUGUGAGUUAAAUAUAGAAACAAAUGAAUUAUCAACAUAGUAAACCAAAAAGAGAGACUUUUUAAAUAGUGUGAACAAGCCUUUUUUCCCCACAAAUAAAGAGAGCUAGCAAUUUCUCAGGCCACCAGUUUAAGCAUCUAACAUGUUAGUCUCCAACUUGAGUAUUUCAGGCAGGAAAAAUCAGAUUAUUCACUUAUUUUUCUUGAAAUUUGUACCUUUUGUCAUCUUUCCCACCUCCCUAAAGAACUUCCAAUAAGGACCCUUCAUGGGUUGGUAUUGGAAAAAGGGAGAAAAAAACUGCUCAUGACCACAAGAUAGAAAUGUAUUUUUAACCAACAGAGAAACAUCAGCCAAUCAAAUAUUACCCUCUAAAAGAUUAGAUUUCAUCAGUGACAACAAAGCGUCCAUAAUUUCCUAACAAUUCAAUUCAUUUUUGCGAGCCCUGCUGGGGAAGAUAGGGGAGGUGGUGCCCAUAGAAUUUCCCGGCUUGUGACAAGAAAUCCAUCAUUACUCCUUGAUUUCAACACCUGAAUCAAGCAACUAAUGACUGCUAUCAUAGACUGCUUAAUUACCUCUGAUGUUAUCAUUUUGAUCUAUCCAAAGUCAAUGCUGCAUCCCCAUCAAUGGCAACUGUUGUAACCAAUGCAAGUUCCAGACAGCCAACAGUGACCCCAGCUGCAUCCAGCUUAUCUCUACCAACAAAUGGACGUGAGUUACACAUAAUAAUGAUUUCACAACAAAAAAUGAAAAAGUAACAAAAUGGAAUCAAGAAAUUGGCCACUUCAAACAGAAAAAUCCAACAGACAAAUGCUAAUUUGUGAGUGCACAGUGUAAGUUUUGCCUAAAGUAUUUUUUCCUAAAAGUGUUAAUUUUAGAACUGAUGGGAAAUUUCAAUGCUGUUGUGUAAGGGAUUUUUGUCUGACAAUUUGAUUUUCAAUCAACACGAAUUUAGCAUUCUUAAGUUAUAUUAUUUUGCCUGGAGUGUUAAGAUAAUUGUAACAAUUUGUGCAAAAUUAGCCUAUACAAAUUUUUACUUUUUUUAAGGGAAACUAGAAGGUACCUUACCCAGAUGGCCAGAAACUCAAUCAGGGCUGGUGAGUUUUACUACUUUACCCACAAAUGUAUAUUCAAUAUUCUGCAUGAGAUAGAAGAAAACAAGAACUUGAUUGAACAAUGAAUGAAUGAUUAGACGCCAACUUUUUCAAAAGCCAUAUGUAGCACUUUCCUCUUUUUAAAGUAUGAAUAAAACUUGGCUUUUGCACCUAUGGAAUGCUUAAAACCUAUGCACUGAGCUAAAUGUGAGUAUUUUGUUUUGUCUUCUACAUGUAGAUGUAUAUCAACUCCAAAUUGAUGAUUCAGAUGGUAAGAUUGUAGACCAUGAAUCCAGUUGUGAUGUUUUGAAUGUGGCUUUAUAAAUAACACCUGCUGAUUCCAUUGGACAAACAUACAAUUUUCAUAAGGGGUUCAAGAGAGAUUUGAAAAACUAACAUUUUGGAAGGAGCUGAGAAAACACAUAUACAGACAUGAUCUAACAAAGAAAAGAAACUUCAAAGAUAAGGAUAUAGCAUAAUAACCACCAAAAACAAUGAAAUUAAAAGGCAGAUAACUACUUUCUUCCAUGGUAACAGAGAUUGGUAGCUUAAAGAGAUGACAUAAUACUGAGUGACCUUGCUCACCUCAAGCCUCCUGUAGUUUAGUGGUUAUAAUAGUAUCCUUCCAGAGUGCAAAUGGUAACAGGCUCCAAUGUCAUCUGCAGUCAGAUUUUUUCUGUCCCAUGCUCUUGACAAUAAAUAUACCUGCUAUCCAGAGAUGAUACUGUAUGUUCACUGAACUGCAUUUUAAACACAACACUGUUUGUCAAUUUACCACAGAUGAGGAAUUGCUACAGAGUCCUUUUGAAAACAACGGAGAUACUAAUGUUCUAACUUUUCCCCAAGGUAAGUGCGACAGUCAAAUAAGAAAUGUGUUUAUUGCCACGAUCAGAUUUUUCUUUUUUUCUUUUAUUCCCCACCCUGAAUUUCCAGCAAAGUGAGAUUUGGCUAAAUGUGGGCUAUAGCAAUCCUUGCCCGAGUAACUGUCAGGCUGUAAUCACAAUAUAGUGAUGUUCCCUUACAUUUUCAUCCAAGUGUUCCAGCGACAGGCAAGGCGACCUGUGGUAACAUCAACUUCAACAAGGCCAACUAGUUCUAGCACAUCAGGUAGUAUUUUAAAAUAAGUGAAUUAAUAUGAAUCCUUUAACUCCCAGAAGUGAUUAAAAUGUGACUUCUCCCUAUGCUAUCCAUACAUUAUCCUGCAAACAGCUAAUGAGAAUACUUAAAGUUAUUGGGUAGAAGUUGUUAUCUUGAUCUAACACCAAAUUCUCAUCACUAAAUUACAGGGAAACAUCUAGCGACUCAAAAGGAGAAUUAACAAUUAGAUCUCAGUAGUGAGAGAUAAACAUUACAAACGUGGCUUAAUGAAAUGCACUGUUUGUGCAACUCCAUGAAAACAGACAAGAAAAUGAUGUUUAAGCAAAUGCAAGUGGAAUUAACCCUUGAUCUAGUAUACAUUUAAAUACAGUGAAAAAUACUUGCUGUUCAGAAUAGAAUAGAAUGCCAGUUUUGACAUAGUAAAUGCAUGUGGAUGAGACCGGUCCCAAUGGAAGGGCAUCAUUGUCAUCUGCAAGCAGGGUUCAAUAUUAUUGUGAUAAUUUUGAUUUUCCUCCAAUUUGCUAUAGAAAGCACUGUACUCAUGUAUUUUUCAAAGCUUAGCUGAAAAUGGUCUAAAAACUUAUUUUUGUGUCAUGUGUGACAAGUAAAUUGAGUGGACAAUUAAAAUGCACCUCUGUGCAGCUCAACACUGAUAUAAUUGUUUUUCAGGGUUCCAUGGCGAACCAUUUUAUGGAGAUGGAAUGCAAGGUAUGAAGAUGUUAUCAUGACUUUUGUUUUCUUUUUCUUUUUUUUCUUUGGGGGGUGGAUGGGGUUGUUUAUAUUUAUUUCUUCUCCAUUGUCUAAUAAUGUCCUAAAAUCUCAUUGCUUUAACAGUUGGGACAGUUACAGAAGACCUCUCUUUACAUGGUGUACGAGGUAAAAUGAUACAAGUUUAAACUGAUUGUUUUAAAGACAAAAAGACAAUGAGGAUUCCCCAGAGAACUGAUUGGAGGAUAAUUAUCGACAAAAUGAAGGAACUGUUCACAACUGAUCUUUUCCACAGGUUGCAUGCACCUGGUCAAAUAUUUAUAAAAGAAAAAAAAAGCAUAAUGUGAAAUUAUUUUCACACUAGACUCAAAUAUACAGGUUAGAUACCUAGUGAAAAGUCAGGACAUGUAAAAAUAAAACUGCAAAUACAUGCCAAAUGAUACACUGCACAUAGUUAAAUUGCCUCAAUGCACUGAAACCAGUUUAUUUGCAGAACUCUUUUCAGAGUGCAAAAUAUGAAGUAGACUAAAGCAUGAAUUUAAGAACAUGAACCAAUCAAUUGAAUAUUUGACUUUGUUUUUUCAUUUUGUUUACAUGUGCGGCACUCUUCAGAUUAAGUUUUCUUAGCUAAAUCCAGAUUGAUUUGGUGUUGUUUUGAAAUUAACUUGUACAUGCACAAUACUUUUCUAUGUAUGUUUAUCCUGCUUUAUGAUUAAAUACCUACCACACCCCUCUUACAACACUCAACCAGUUGUGCUUCCUUCUGGACACUUGAUCACUAAUUAUUAUUUAUUUUUAUUUUAGGAGCUCCCUGCAACACUCAAAGCAGAACCAGUGAGGUUUGGAGGUGCGAGAAUAUAAUGGAGGUGGCUAGAAACAAUGUGGAACUGCCUAUGCUGCCACUCCUAAAUCAUUCUUUUGAAGAGGUGACUAAAUACAAUUAUUAAAAAGAAUUAUUUACAUUAAGUAAAGACUAUAAUGCAAUUGUUAUGAUGUUACAGGCCAAUAUUCAAUUCUGUUUUACUCAGUAUUAAAUUUAUACCAAAUUCCUAAUUUACCUACAGAAUAAAGCACUUAGAUUGUAAAUUCAUUCCUGUCAAAUGACAAAAACCAUUUUGCUUGUUUGCUCUUUAACCAUUUAAAAUUGACUGAUGGUUUUAUUAUAAAUAUAUUUUUUUUUGUAUAGUUAUGCUGGCAAGCACAAGAGGCUAGGCACCCAAUAGUAGCUGUCCUUCUGGACCCAAAUGGCCCGAAUGAUUUAAGGGAGGACAUGCUAAGGUAUUGACAAUCUGUACAAAUAAUGCAGAUGAGGCAGGUAGGGCUGUAGAAGCCAAGUGGUUAGACAGAAAUUUACUUGGCUUACAUUGGUCAUUAAUGCAUAAAAAUGAAAUCCUCCAUUUGUUAUUAUUACUUUGGCAAGGGCUCUUCAAAGAAUGAUGGCAGUAGGUUCCAUCAAUGAGGCUGAAUGGCUCUAUUGGGGAGCUGAAACCUCAUCAGAAGAAGGAAGGAAAGGUAGGAUCAAAUAGUUACUUUUCUUUAUGGUCAAAACCUAAAAAAACAUUAAUUUUUGUCAUUGUUAAGUUUAUUAAUUAUGUGCAGUAUUGCUAAAAGCUGAUUAAGUAAACUGCUUCUUGCCUUUGCUCAUCUGACCAACUACACAAAACAACCCUUACAUGUGAAACUGUUUGAAAUGCAAUUCACUCACAACAGAAUGAUUGUAUGCUUGUAAGACUAUACUACACUAAUAACUGGCAAUAUAACUCUAAUUUAAAGAUCAAAUGUUGUUUUCAUGAAACAGUCCUUGGGCUAUAUGUACAUGAAAGAGUCAAUGAAGACCAGAUCAUCUUGUUAGUGCCCUCUCCUCAUCAAAAUCCAGUCUUUGUUGCACGCAUACAAGGUAAUAACCUGUUAAAGAGAUGAUUUCAGAUCAGAUUUUUCAUGGAGUCACUUUUUUCAAUGGCCUUUAUGACAACUACAUAUUUGGUGAUGAUGAGCCAAACCUGCUAUAAAAAUGAAUGCGACGUGUAAAUGCCUACAAAUGCUGUGGUUUUUUUCAUUAUCAAGCAAAUUUCAUCCUGUCUUCUAUUCCGAACAGCUGGUCCAAGUCUCAGACUCUCAAACUUAUUUUCAUAGGAGGCUUUGCACAUGGUGAAAAUCCAGAUUAAAAUUGGCCUAUAAUAAAAAACUCUCUUGAAUCAUUUUUAGCAUCGGAUGCAAACAACCCUAGCCUUGGAAGCGUAUGCGAGAGGGUCACCAUGAUGAUCCAAUCACUUGUGUUGCAAAGGUAAUUUUGUUUUUUAAGAACUAUUAUUGAAAUCUUACAGAGCAAUACACCACACCUCUGUUUAACACUUCACAUUAACCAUGUUACGCUGUUUACACAGGGAACAACUUGCCCACCGGCGAACAGAGGACAGAUAGGAAAAAGAAAGAUAAGAAAAGUAAAGAUGAAGGAGAUGCUGCUGAGGUAUAACCUUAAGGCAUCAUUUUCAUGGAAAAUUAUGUGAAUACAUUCCUUUAUUCAUUUUUUCAUGCCUUUACAUACCUAACAGGAAAGGAACUUAUUUCAAUUGAAUUUCCAAAGGAGAGUACAAGAACUUAGAGGAGCUGCAAAUCACAACUUAGAUUCAACUAGCCAAAUUAUGUUUUUGUGAGUCAAAUUCAGCUGAAUUACAAUAAUUAAAAUUUGAAAACACUCACACGAGGUUCAUUCAGAUGAAAACCAGGUUUAAUCAACAGCAAGGGUGAUUUCAGUGAGAACUACUCCCAGUUGGAAUUUUCAGAUGGAGGGGAGGGGUGUUAUCAGAAAAAUCCCUUUACCAGUUUACAUUCAGAAAUAUUUGAAUUUUUUUUUUUGGUUAGGUCAGACAGAAGAGGAAAAAAAGGGUUGCAUCUCCUCCACCAGGCGAGGACUACACAAAAAUUAUCCUUCGCCUCAGUGGUAAUAAGAAAAUUGGCAGGCGGUUUAGGCCAAAUGCUUUAUUCCAGGUACAUUAGAGUACUCAUAUUUAUGUACCCAGAAUGUCACAGUUUUAGAGAAAUUACUACUGAUUCAGGUUGAAAUUAUAACCAUCUGCUAGUUUAUUAAUUCACUUGACUAAAUUAAGCACUGGUAAUCCCCUAAGUACAGUCUCACUAAGGGGCAAAAGCAGAUGAUCAUGACUUUCACUAACACACUCAUGGAUUUUCCUUGUUUACUACAUGUAUCUUAUGGCUAGGUCAUGAUUCCUGAGUGCAUUAUGCCACCACCAUAACAAUGCCACCUCAAUUCCAGCUGUUACUCUGCAUGUACUUGAUACAAAUAUUUUGUCUUUGUAAUUAUGCAGGAAGUCUAUGACUGGGCAGGAUCUCUUGAUGGCCUGCCACUACACUUCAUAAUAAUGGAGAAGGCAGCAAGUGGUGCGCCACAGUGAGCAAUUACAGGGUCAUGAGAUCCUGGAUGUAGGAGAAGGAGUAAGUACUUCCUUAAAUUAGGAGCAAAUGAACAACAUUUACUUUCACAUCAGCUUGCCAAUACUUUCUUGUCAAGACAGCAGCUAGCUCCUCACUCAUUCUUCAACUAAAAAGUACACUUUUUUCUCUUGAAAUUUAUCACAGGAAGAAGAGGAGAUAACUUCAUCACUGCAAUCGCAGGUAGGGAAUGUAAGGUUCAUGUACCUUGUAUAGUCUCUAAAUAGUAAAAUUAGUUUAAUUAGAGAAUAGCCUAAACAAGGGGCAUGAUUUACAUUCCUCAAGGCACUGGUGGCCAUCUUAAGUAGUUCCAGCUCCAUGUGAACUGUGGUGCAUACACCAUUUUCUGCACAUCCUGGCUCCAGGUUUUUUGGGAUUUUGAAGCAAAAGCAGAAUGAUGCCAGCUUGUAGACUAUAAACUUAAAAAGUGACUUGUACUGAAUUACACAUUACCUUGCUGAUUAUGGCAUGCACGCCUGCGAAAAGUCUAUAAUCUUACCCACCAGCACAUUGUAUGAUUUAAGUCCUAGCAAAAUAAGUAAGAAAUAGGUUGUUAAUUAAUAUAUGAGGUCAUGCUACCCUUUAUACAACACUUGGAGGAUAGGCAUGCUAACAGGUCCCUCAUUGGUAUGCAUCAUGUAUUCAUGUAAUGUUUAAAUAUAAUGACAUGUUAGCUUAAAAAAAGGUUCAUGUUUUACAUUUCAAUAAGUUUGGUCAUGCUUUAAUAAAAAUUAUUGAGGAGUAUUAUUUGGGAACAUACAAGUUUAGAGAAGCAAUUCUACUAACAAUGAGUCUCACAACCAUAAAAAAAUCAAGUUAAGUAAUGGUCUUGUUUUCAUUUCAAUUAUUGAGGAACACCAUUUGGGAACAUGUAAAGUGUACACAAUUAUGAGGACAUGUUACUUAAUGCAAUAGGGAUAGAUUGACAUCCCUUGUUCCCUGACUAUGAGAAUAACAUUAUAAAAUCCCCUCACCAAUACUUGGGGUGGAAAGACAAAUCCACUUAUUCCCAGUCUCCUUGUACACAUUAACAGUUGAAGUGGACAGACAAAACCCUUAGGGGUAAAAGGUCAACCAUACCCCUAGGGAGGAGGCUCUUCAUAAGCAUCCACACUUGGGGUAGACAAAAGUGCCCCUUGGAACGAGCCUCUUUGUGAACAUUGACACUUGGGGUAGACAGAAAAGCUCCUUGGGACGAGGCUCUUUGUUAGCCGCGACACUUGGGGUAGACAGAAAAGCUCCUCAGGAUGUGGCUCUUCAUGAGUAUUGACACUUGGAGUAGACAGAAAGGCCUCUUGGGACGAGGCUCUUUGUUAGCUGCGACACUUGGGGUAGACGGAAAAGCUCCUUGGGACGAGGCUCUUUGUUAGCCGCGACACUUGGGGUAGACAGAAAAGCUCCUUGGGACGAGGCUCUUUGUUAGCCGCGACACUUGGGGUAGACAGAAAAGCUCCUUGGGACGAGGCUCUUUGUUAGCCGCGACACUUGGGGUAGACAGAAAAGCUCCUUGGGACGAGGCUCUUUGUUAGCCGCGACACUUGGGGUAGACGGAAAAGCUCCUUGGGACGAGGCUCUUUGUUAGCCGCGACACUUGGGGUAGACGGAAAAGCUCCUUGGGACGAGGCUCUUUGUUAGCCGCGACACUUGGGGUAGACAGAAAAGCUCCUUGGGACGAGGCUCUUUGUUAGCCGCGACACUUGGGGUAGACAGAAAAGCUCCUUGGGACGAGGCUCUUUGUUAGCCGCGACACUUGGGGUAGACAGAAAAGCUCCUUGGGACGAGGCUCUUUGUUAGCCUCGACACUUGGGGUAGACAGAAAAGCUCACUGGGAUGAGGCACUUUGUUAGCCACAACACUUGGGGUAGACAGAAAAGCUCCUUGGGACAAGGGUCUUUGUGAGCAUUGACACUUGGGGUAGACAGACAUGCCUCCCUCUUCACAAGCAUUGACACAAACAAUGUCACUUGUUCUAUUGUUUAAGCAAUUCCAUGGAUAGUAGCAGUCAGUUUUACUGUAUAAAGUGUAUGAAGCGUUUUAAAAUUUGUAAAUUUAAUCAAUGAAGGAUGGUGUGAUGCUCAAAGGAACAAUGUGUAUUUUAAUUAUGAUAGUUCGCAGGACUCCUUUGAGCAGCACACUUCCCUUCCCUUUGUUUUACUUGCAGGUGUCCUUCUUUGGGAAUUUUCCUGCCAACAACAACAACAACAACCUUUCUGCAACUGUAGUAGGUAAGAAAACCUUGAUUUUCAUUAACCUGUAAAAGAAAUAGCAUUCUUAGUCCACCAGUGAAAAUGCUUGUAGAACGAUUACCACCCCCUGGUGAUACAUAGUUCAUGAUAUGACAGUGACCCACAAAAUAUUAUUUUGUUUGAAUAAUAACAGACUCAGGGUUUCAGCUAAACAUAAAAAUUGUGAACAAGAAACACAUAGAGCCAAGUAAUUCAACAUUUUCUGUAUGAUCAUAGAUGAAAGCCAAGCUGUGGGAGAUGCAGAGAAAGAAGAAGGGACCAAGGAAGAAGAUCAAGAAGAAAAGCAGGAAAAAGAAAAGGAAGAGGAAAAAGGAGGAAGUAAUGAAGAAGAAAAAUUGGAAAAUGGAGAUAAAGGAGGG